CCUCUCUGUGAUUAUAUAGCCAAUGGAGAUCGGCAUGACAGCACACACACGACUGCUGCAGCCAUGAGCAGCACUGGAGAAGAGUCUGCUCUGAACAAUGUCCUUCAUCGGUGUGUGCUGACAAAACAAGGUAAGAGUAUCCUCUCUGCAAGUGAAUGAGUGUGUGUUUGUAUGAGAGAGGUUAAAAAUAAAGCCUUAUUCUGUGGUAUGUGCGAUUCUCUUGAAGCCUUGUAUUGUGAUCAUUUCCUCUGUACAUAUGAAAUCACAGGGAGCAUGAAUGUCUGUAGAAUAAAACCUGUGGCCAAGCUAAAAUGUUGUUUUUCUCUCCUGUGCUCUUUUUCUUCUUUUCUCCCUCUCUAUUUCAGCUCUCUCCUCGUCUCUCCAAAUGCAGGCACAUGCUGGCAAAUGUUAAGAGCAACAAUAGCAACAACCUGACUGGCACCGACAACACUGGUAGCAGCUUUAGAGAUCCCCUGUGUAGCAUCCUAAGAAGUAGUAGCACUCACCAACUGCACACCAAGAGGAUCACUGCAGAGAAACAGCUUUUCCCACAUUUUUACCUAGGGACAGCAGCCCCAAAAUGGGCCUCUCCUCAGGCCGUCAACCCCCAGCCCAGGUCCUUCAUUCGCACUUAAACUGUGGCAACAGUGCUGAAGCCAACACCCAGGACUCUGAGAACCAGAACCAGCCUUUGAAUGGCUGUGCAGAAGGUGGAGAAAGAGAAGGGAGUGUUGAGAGAGACCGAACCAAACCUCCUGAGACUCUCCCUACCCUGGAGAGACUUGCUCAGGCUACAGGCGGAACAGAGAAGUCCUGGUACCGCUGUGUGUUCCCCUUUGGCGUGAUAUCACUCGUUAUUGGCAUGGCUGGCACUGGAGUCACUUUCACCUUCAACACACUGCUCCAAACCAAAGUUGUGUCUGUGGUGCUGCUCUGUGCAGGUUUCGUGAUGCUUCUGGUAGCAGCUGUUUGCUGGAGAGUGCACAGACUGAGAAGGAGGAAAAAGAAAGAAGGGGGAUUCUUCAGUACUGAACAGAGCACUUUGUGAUGGGAGGAAAACUUGCUCUUCAAUAAUGGUGAUUUAGUUUAAAGCUGAACUUUCUGAAAUAGAUUAACUGAAUGAGAAUAACUUUAUUUAUUUAGGAAGAAUGAGAGAUGAGACAUCUACACUUUUCCUCUAUGCAUCAUAACAGAAUGAUGUAGCCAGUGGAGGGACUGAAUGGUAUCACACAGAUUGUGUCAGGUGAACUUUGUGACAUUGCACACAUGUUGACUUCAACAGGAGUGGUCAUAAAAAGCCUCUUCAGCCCAGGUAUAAUUCCUUCCCUGAGCACAGAAUGUGUUUCAAACCAAAAGCCCUCUUUUUCCUUCCUGUUCUCUACUUUAAGAGAGUUUCUUGAAGCACUUUUUAGAUGACUGCUACAGGUGAAAAGGGAGAGUGAAAGAGAGUUAGGCACCUAAGGAGAAGUUAUUCAACCCUUCCUGAUCUUGUGUGUACAGCUAGACAGUGUACAGUCUUCCUGAAAAGGUAUCUGUGGUCUAGAAGGUGUUAUCUAUCAGCAGACAUGUCUGUAUAAGCCUGUCAGAUGUGAUCAGAGGAACAGUGUGGAAGGAUGACUAGACUUUUGUGUUUGUGCCUGCAGUUUGUUAGUGCAGUCCGCAACUUCUAACCAUGGUUGGGCCCAGGGCCACAAACUUGGCUGUAUAACCUGGCCUGGUAUGACAAAGAAAACAAGAUUUUCCCUCUUGAAAAGGAAUCGAUGAGGUUUCCUCUUUCAUGUAAACUUCCUACUCUCUGCUCAGCCACUGAUUAGGCAGGGGGCCCAGCAACAGUUUGGGGUUGUAUAAGAAAGAUGUACAGAGGAUAAAAAAGAAAAAAUGGAUGUGAAAGGAGUUAGCAUGGAAAUAUUUACCCAAAUGAAAACCUCAACACAUGCACAAGCCAUUACCUUACUAUAUGCAGUUGAAUUAUGUGGCUCAAGUAGACACAUUUCUGCCCUGCCAGCAGAGUUUGGGCUGGAAAAACACAAUUCAGCUUUGACGGAUCAAUAGAAACCACCAUUCCGUGAAGUAUCUAGGCUGUCACUGUUGGCCUGGUCAAUAGUGACAUGUAUAUUAAGUGACAAGGAGAUCCCAUUACAGAAAGACAUCAGUGUACACACAGCAAAAGAGAAAGGCACAUCUCUACCUGAUCCACUGAUCCUUUACUCCUGCUGAACCAAACAGAGAUGACCCCCAUGGACCUUCUUUUAUUUAUAAGCCUUCAUUGCCCUGCUUACUAAGGAAGGGCUUACUUUCCUAUACGCGAGUAAUAGACAUACGGCUAAGUCUCCUGUGGGCAGAGGCUAAACAGGGCUAAGCAUUCAAUUCUAAGUGAACCAGAAAAGCCCUAAGAUAACUUUGUAGCUUUUGAAACAAUCCUGUCAAUGUAUUCUUCCUGAACAUUGUAUUUUCUUUAGCACAACUAGAAUUAGUAACUCCACAAAAGGAAGAUGAUAGUCUCUGUUUUGGGGCUAAGUUAUAGCAUUACCUCAGCCACCAUAACUAUGAUAGUACAUGCUCUUUAGCAGAGGCUUAUGCUUUCUAAGAUGACCCAGUAGCUUCUUGUGAGCAAUAGCACUUGUUGUAUUCUGUAUUGACCUUUGAUUUCUAUGGAUGGUCCUCACCCACAGUCUGAUCUUCUGCAUAGAGCUGCAGCUAAUAUAAUGUGUAAUUUGUGUUAGUGUACAUACCAAAGCCACAUUUACAUCAGUUCUUGCGUGACUCUGUCUUGUUAUCGACUGUCCUGUUUCAAGGGGAGCUGCCACAGUCUGCUCAUAUAGCCCAGCAUGACUCCCUGCUGUACUGAUGUGAUCAUAUUUUAGGUCUGAAAUACUGUGUAUUUUUCAAAAAAGAUGUCACAAAUGCUGUAGAUAUUCAGUCAAAGUAAAAGUGUAGCCACAUCUUUGAAUGUACAGCCAGCAGUGAGUGGCUUAUAAACAUCAUUGUACAGAUUGUGUAGACCAUAUGAAUAUAUCUUCUGUUUUGGAGCCGGUGGAUAAUUUGAACAGUAGGUGUACACAGCAAUUUCAACCUAAUUUUUUAACAUUUGCUCCCACUACUGGUUUUAUUUCCAUUUCGCUAUUUCUGGCUAUUACCCAUGAAAUGAGGUCAGACCACACAGUUCAAACAUGAUUAAAGCCUGGUCUAGCAUUCCCAGGGUGUUGCUCCCCUCCUGAUUUUAGGUUCAACUCAUGUGGCUUAGUAUGACAAUAAGGGACACCUCACAACCUCUCAACAGACAGUCUUGCAUGUUCAGUUGUUCUCCCUGCCCUUAACCAUUUGACUCAUGACAUUGGUGGUGUUGACCAAUGACAGCACAGAGUGCUCUGCACGUGCAAAAGUUACAAGCACAAACAAACAAAAGAGCAAAGCCAAAGAAGAAUGAGGUGGUCAGUGCUGUGAGUUGGAUGGACAAAACAGAGGAAAAGCUUGUGGAGCUCCAAAAACAACAUUCCUCUGAGAUUUGGCAUUGAAAACUAAGACGGCACUCUAACUAAAGAAAUAUGUUAACAAGAAACAGCAUAUUGGUGAAUAACUGCCUUUAGCAUCUCCAGGUGUUUUUCUGCGCCGCCCCUCGUCCUCCAGACAGCAUUGUGAUGACUGGUCGUCUACCAUUAUCUGUCAGUCAAACAUAACAUGAUUAACCGGCUCUGUGAUUGGCUAAUCCAUGACUGUUGUUACAGCUGGAAGGAUCAUGUAGUCUGACCUCAACACUGAAGUUAUCUGUAAUGAUUUUAUUCCAUAGUGAAACCUCUGCCAUUUGGAGAGUUGACAUGUUACACAUAAAUUUCAUAUAACUCCAGUACAUAAUGAUUGUGAUGAAAGUGAGUUCAAAGACACAUUUCAUACAGUUCCAAUGACUUUAAGAUCAAUUUCACUUUCUUUAUAUACUUAAAAAGUUUUGGAUGAACGUGUUCAGUUCAGUUCUAAGGCCUGGUCCCAGUUCUUUUUUUCUUUUUCUUUUUUAAAUCAGAGUGCCUUUUACAUGCAGUGUAAGUAUUUCUCUUAAGGUGCAGUAAAUGUGCUAUACUGGUGCAAGUGAUAGAGUAGCCCAAGAGAGGCAGAAUGGUUAUUUUUCAGCAAUGGAGUUUUAGUGACUCUUUUGAUGGGCAUGAACAUUUGAAGUCACACUUUGAUACUUUUCUUUUGUAAAUAACAAGAAUACCAAAUAUAUUUAUCAAGAAAAGUGUUUUUUGUCUCUUUAAAAACAGUAAGAUUGUACUUUUUUUGUUCGAUGUAAGAUGCUAAAGCGCUUUAUUAAAUGUAAGAGUAACUUUUCAAAUUAGGCUCCUUAGUUGUCCUUUUCUUUUGAUAACUGUAAGUGCGGGCUGCAGUGUUCAUUCAUUACUGAGGUCAUUUUUGUCUUCAGAAGAGAUCUGCAACAGUUUCCAACGGUACAGACACCUUUUCCUCCACAAUUACCUUUUGUAACAUCAGCAGCAAUGCAAGCCACAUUCAGUCUAAUCCUGUCCAGUGCCAUUUUUUCUGCCUUUAGAAUUUUAGAUUAGACACUAUACUUUUGCUCAAAAUACUCAUUGCUUUGUACAAAAGUACUAAAUAAAAUAAAGACAAAAAAGUCCAAGUUAGCAGAUCUCUGAACAAAUAACUUUUCAACACAGUUGUAAAUUAAUGAAAAAUUAAAGAGGAAAUGUCACAUUUUGUCAGAGUUAUUGUGUCAUUCUGAUUUGAAGGUUCGUGAUAACAUAAAGUAUACACUUUUUAGAUGUCCAUUCAUCUGGCUUCCACUCUUUUAGAUUUGUAUUGUACAGAACUCUGACCAAGAUGUUGGAAAGACAGAUUUUUUUUCUUUCAUGUAAAAUACACAUCUUUAUACACUGUCUAUGAUCCGAUAUAUUAAAGAUACAUGUGUGGCAUUAUGCGAUGCAAUACGAUACGAUUCACACCCAAAUCAUGAUACAGAGCAAUUCAGCACAAUCUGAUACAACAAAAGUGAUGAUGUAAAAGAGGAUUCUGUGUAAUUCAAUAGGCUUGAGUUUUUAUUUACCAAAUCAAACCAAGGCUUUUCACAAACUGUCUUUCCUCUUAGAGCCUGAAUGUCUAUUAAGACACUCAGUUUACAGUUAAGAGUGCAGUGCAAUUUUCAAACACAUGACUCAUCUGUAAAGUAUCUUCAAGAUAAACAGGAAAAUAUAAGUGCAGUACAAAACAUAUAAAGCUAUAUACACUACUGGUCAAAAGUUUUAGAACACCCCAACUUUUCCAGAAUUUUAUUGAAAAUGAUGCAGUUUAAUGUCCGAGUGUACUCUGAAAUUAAUGCAUAGAACAAAUAAACAUCUGAAGUUAAAAAAAAAGAAUUCACAGAAUCAAUUUAGAAAUGACAACAUAUUCUAAACCUCUGACUCAUCACAGUAGCCACCUUUGGCAGAUAUAACAGCUAAACACACUCGUGGCAUUCUUCCUUCAAUGGGAAUCAAAUAUUCUUUAGAGAGUUCUUCCCAACUCUGUUGCAGAAGUUUCCAUAAAUGUGUAGCACUUGUAGGUUGCUUUGCUUUCACCCUUCUGUCCAAUUCAU